AUGAUGCUAAGAAAGUUAGGGCCAGGAGUCUGCAGGUGGCCCACCCUGCUGCUUUCGUACCUGUAUGUCUUUGUGGAGGAGCACACUGUCUAUGGCCACAACAGAACUGAGGAAACCAGGGAGCUGGAGAGGCCAUUUUGUGAACAAGGUAGACUGUCUGUGAGUCUCUGCGUGCUUAGAUAGACCUGGAUAUUGAGAAUAAUUAGGAUCCUAUUGUGAGGCUAUUGUGUUUUAACUGUGUGUGGCAUGAGAGACGAAACCUGACUAUGCCACCUUGUGGCAAUACAUGAAUACCCUUGGUGCUACACUACCACAACCAUCUCAUGUGGUAAAACUAUAUUUAUUCAAACAGGAUACUAUUGUCCAGUGGGAAGUCCCACACCGGUGCCAUGUCCAAAGGGUACGUUUGGGCCGACGAUUGGUGCUAGAUCCAUAGACCGCUGUCUCAGCUGCCCAACCAACCACUACUGUCCGCGGCCUGCUCUGCCCUCUGGCCUACCCUGUGGAGCCUGGGCACAGCAGCCCCUACCUGGCCAGGACAGAUGUGUGUGUCUUGGAGAAGGGCAAACCUUCCAGGUGUGUGUCUGUGUGUUUGUGUGUAUGUGUGUCUAUGUGUGUGUGUGUGUGUGUGUGUGUGUGUGUGUGUGUGUGUGUGUGUGUGUGUGUGCGUGUGUGUGUGCGUGCGUGCUUGUGUGGGUGCAAAGCCCUUCUUCUAUGUUUAGUAUUGUGUAUCAAUGACUCUGUCCUGUCAAUCUUUCGUAGUACCAGGCACACAGGUUGCAUGCAAGAACAGUUAACACAAUAUACAGUAUAUCCACUGGGUUCAUGGGUUCAAUCUGUAGCCCGCGGCUCAGAAUGUUUCAUAUCGAGUUUCAACAUAGCCGGAGUCUAAUUUCGUCUGUGCCAGUCACCCAGUGACUGUUGAGCCUUCCACUCAGCAGCUCAUAUUCAAAAGGGAAAUGACUCUAGGUACUCUGGAAGACUUCCAGGUUUUGGAGAUUGGGUGUUGAUCUAAGCGUUUUCAUGUCAAAUCAAAUCAAAAUCCAAUUGUAUUUGUCACAUGCUUCAUAAACAAGUGUGUGGGGAGAGUCCAGUGUGUGUGCUUAGAGUCAAAAGAGUUAGUGCAAAAAGUCUAAUGUCUAUUUGUGUGCAUGUGUGUGUGUGUUGUGUGUGUGUGUGUGCAUGCGCCAAUAUAGGCCAGUGAUGGGCAGUGCCCCUGUGCCCUAGGGUACCGGCUCAUGGGCCAAGGGGACACGUGUUUGCACAGUGUGUAUGAUAUUUGUAGAGAUGGGAGAGCGAGGACACAACAUGGAACCUGUCUGGACAGGCAGCAGUGGGCACAGCACUGUACCCAGCAGGUUAGGAGAAGAUAACUCACCCAUGCAUGGACACACACACACACACACAAACUCUACAUUCCAUGUCAAUGGUUCAUUGAACAACGUACUGUAAUUCAUUGAACAAAGUACUGUGUGCAGUACAGGUGUGUUGAUAGUACUUUUUUGAUAAUACAAUUUGCUUUACCAAGACAUGCAUACAAAAACCGUGGAAACUGUUUCCAUUGAUACAUUCUAUUCUGUGUAGAAUCACAGACAAUGUACAGAUGGAACUGUAGCAACAUGGGUGUCUACUCUGUACUAGUCCUACCAAUAAUUGAUAUAUACACUAGAUCAGUGGUUCCCAAACUGUGGGGCGCGCAGUCGCGAGUACAAAAAAAAAUGUAGGAACUCAGUCCGGCUUUCAAUUUACUCUUGAAAGUUGUAAUAGUAGAAUGCACAAGGUGCAAUUUCAAAAUUGGGUAGUGCAUCAUCAGAUUUCCUCUUGUCAUGUCAGUCAUUGUAUACCUUAGAGUUAUUUAUAACUUGUCAGAAAUGUCCAGAUCAACUAGCCCAUGUCAGCUAAUGUUUUUUAGCUAGGUUUUUCAGCUCAUAGAUUUUGUUGUAAUGCUUGAGUCACUCAAAUAUCACUUGAAUACACAUUAGACAUGGCAAAAUGUAUAGAAUUGCAAGACAAUAAGCUUUAAACCUGCAAAAUGUUCUCUCCACCAACAAGAGGGGUGUGAACUGUUUGUGUCAUGAACAUUGCUUGUGCCCAUAGAAAUAAACGUGGCGCACGUAUGCGUGCGCAGUGGGGGCGCGGGAUGUUCUCGAAUGCUGGAAGGGGGGCCGGAGUGAAAACGUUUGGGAACCCCUGCACUAGAUGAAUACAGGGAACACUGUUUUGAAGCCACCGCGCCUCCAUCUUGGCACUCCCCCACCAUUUGUAAAAAUAUUUUGGAAGCUAUGGAAAUGCAUUUAUUAAUGUCUACAUUUGUUUUUGCCACAUUUAUUAUAUUAUUCUAUCAUUGGCCAAUACAUAGCAUCAGCAAUCCUGGGUUUAUGUAAAUAAUUGAGUCCAACUUAAUGUGUAACCUUUUUCACUUGACUGGCUGCUGCUCAGUCCCAGCCCUUUCCUUUAGUCUGUAGGUCAACAGACCUCAAGUGUUCCUCUCUUCCUCUCCCAGGUGUGUCUCUCUCCAGGGGACUACCAGGGCUUUGAUGGAGCUCUGGGCCUGUGUCUGUGUAGGCAACCCCCAGAGAGAGCAGUGUGUGGUGGCUGGUGCAGGAGCAGGCCAAAGCUGGAACUGCAUUUAGUGUGUGCUGCUGUAAACUUGCAGCUGGUAUAUAGCAACUCUGAAGGCCAGGUAAGCCAUGAUGACUUCAGCAUGUGUAGGAAAGAGUUGUAUGGCAGACACAUUAUGAGCACAUACUCACACAAGGCACCACGCACACACACUCACAAGGCGACAUACAUGUAUGCGACCAAUGAAAAAUGUGAUUUGAUACACACACACAUACGAUUAUUUGUCUCUCUGAAAUUAAACCAUCUAGUGAUGUCUGUCAUUGAAUAACCCCAUGCCAUGAUUAGAUAGUGAAGAAACACACCAAUCUCUUACAUAAUUUAUUUAAACAAUAAAAGCUCAUUUACCAACAUUUCUGAAAAUGGAUAUAUUGCAUUUUGGAAUGAAACUCUUUAAUUACAAACAUUUUAUCCUGUUCCCUUAACUCCAACCAACAUCCAUAGGACAAUUUAUUGAAAAAUGUACAAGGGUAUACAGUACACUAGCUUGAGUUGCAACUUAGCUUGUACAAUCACAGACAAUGUACAGAAGAUGCACUGAAUAAACUUGAAUAUCACAUACUUGGAUAUCAUAUGCUUGGACAUCAUAGACAGCCACGUAGAGUAACAACCUGACAUAUUUAUCAGUAAACGGCCCAGUGUUUUCUGUAACAGGUGAGCGUCUCAGGGAGUGUGCUGCUGGAGACCGCGUUCAAACGCUGGGACUCCCAGGGGACCUUGCAGUGUGACGGUCGCCACAAUGUCUCCCUUCCUGUGUAUACAGUGCAGACAAGUGGUGAGCUCCUCGGGUACAGUGUGGGCCCAGUAAUAAUAGGCCCUUAACCCAUAGUAGGACCAAUAAUAACAAUGAGUGUCUUAUUAUUGAUUUUAUGUUUUAAAAUAUAUUUCCCUUUAUAACUUUCCAACUCCACCACCAACAAUGACUGUCUUUGUGUGUCUCUGCUUUUUUAAAGAUGCAGGGUUCCUUGGUCUCCUCAAUGACAUCCCAGCGGAGAUUCAGAAGUUAUUUCCAGAGAAAAGCAAUGGAACGCACAUCACAACAGGUUACCUAUCAUCAGAGAAUGAUACAAAACCUACAGUACUGUGAAAAAGUAUUUGACCCCUUUCAAAUGUCCCUACUUUUGCAUAUUUUUGAUAAGGAAUGUUUUCAGAUCUUAAACCAAAACCUAAUAUUAGAUAAAUGGAACCUGACUGAACAAAUAACACGACAAUAACAUACUUAUUUAAUUUAUUUCAUAAACAAAGUUAUGCAACACCCAAUGCCCCUGUUUGAAAAAGUAAUUGCCCCCUUCCUUACACUCAAUAUCUGCUUGUGCCACCUUUAGCUGCAGUGACUCCAACCAAAUGCUUCCUGUAGUUGUUGAUCAGUCUCUCACAUCACUGUGGAGGAAUUUUGGCCUACUCUUCCAUGCAGAACUGCUUUAACUCAGUGACAUUUGUGGGUUUUCAAGCAUGAACUGCUCAUUUCAAGUCCUGCCGCAACAUCUCAAUUGGGGUUAGGUCUGGACUUUGACUAGGCCAUUCCAAAACCUCAAAUUUGUUGCUUUUUAAUGUAGACUUGAUUGUGUGUUUUGGAUCAUUGUCUUGCUGCAUGACCCAGCUACGCUUCAGCUCACAGAUGGAUGGCCUGACAUUCUCCUGUAGAAUUCUCUGAUACAGAGCAGAAUUCAUGGUUCCUUCAACGAUGGCAAGUCGUCCGGGUCCUGAGGCAUCAAAGCAUCCCCAGACCAUCACAUUACCACCACCAUGCUUGACCGUUGGUAUUUACAUUUACGUAAUUUAGCAGACACUCUUAUCCAGAGCGACUUACAGUUAGUGAGUGCAUUCAUUUUUUUUUUUUUUUCAUACUGGCCUCCCGUGGGAAUCAAACCCACAACCCUGCCGUUGCAAGCGCCAUGCUCUACCAACUGAGCUACACGGGGGUAUAAGGUUCUUACUGUGGAAUGCAGUGUUUGGUUUUCGCCAGGCAUCAUUUUUGUUAUUUGUAAACUCAGGUUCCCUUUAUCUAAUAUUAGGUUUUGGUUGAAGAUCUGAUAACAUUCAGUAUCAAAAAUAUGCAACAUAAGAGAAAAUCAGAAAGGGGGCAAAUACUUUGUCAUGGCACUGUACAUGUUAUCAUAAUUUUACUGUCCACACACUCUUACUGAUAAAUUAUUCUCUCUGUGAUUAAUUAAUCCAUCCAUCCAUCCAUUCCUCUGUUUGUUUCUUUGUUCGUUUGUUAAUUUGUUAAUUUAUUAAUUCAUCCAUCCAUCCAUCCAUCCAUCCCUCCAUGACUAUUUGCUACCAGGUGACUUUGGUGUCAGAGAGGGAGGGUCUGAUUGGUCCAGCAGAGCGACCAUCUGGGGAGGAACCAUGAACUCCAGCUCUGUGGGGAUUCUGAACCCUACUGCAUGUCUACACCUAGGGGACAUACUGCUCUUCACUGUCAGCAGACAACACUACCCUCAAUAUGACGUGUAAGUCAAUCAGACUGUGCUCCUGAUAGUGGAUUUUCUACCCUUCGCUCUCAGAAAUGUGUUUCUUAUUUGCAUAGUGUCAAACCUCUUCAUCCGGGACAGGGUGCUGUUGCAAAUCCAACGCACUUCUGAAAAUGCAGUAUGGAAAAGCCACUAUCUGCAAAAAUUAUUUCGGCCUUUGUGUGGGUAUCUUUCUAUGAUCAGUAUUUUCUUUAUCCUUUUUUACUACUGAGCUUCAAGCGUCCUGUCUUGUUGUCCAGAGAGAACCUGUUCAAUACCAACCGUGACUUUGACUGGGGUCCUCUGAGGCAGCUGGCUGAGGACCUGAAACUGGCCAGGACUCCCCCGACACUCUUCUCCAUGGUCUUCACUCAACCUGGGGUGUACGCCUUCAAACUCAGUGAUCACCAAUACAAACACAUGGUAUUACCCUGUUUGCUCGAACAGGGCCUUAGAUGUUCUUAUGUAAUGAACAAAAUGGGUGAAAGGUGCAAUCGUUGUAUAGUAACGUCACGCUCCUCUUCAUUUAUUUUCUUUAUUGUGUUAUGGAGUAACUUUAAACUGAUAAAAGUGAAAUCCAUAAGCCUUCCCAAUUUCUAAAGCACAUAUGCUCAUGUGCUCCUCCAGUAUGUGAGGGUAAUGCCAGCAGGUGGACAGUGCUAUGAGGCUGGACCGUUCUUCCCCACUGUCCCCCAUCAUGUGACAAGGAUGGGCAUCGCCAAGAGACGACACCUGCUCCUACGCCCUGACUGGUUGGUGACAGGAGGACUGCUGAUUGGUGCUGUGGUCGUCCUCAGCCUGUGUGUGACGCUGCUGGUAAGAGCACUUCUUGGCGUUGACAGACACACACAUGCGUCCUCACAGGCAUGCCCUGAUUGCAAGCACACACACACACACACGUCCAUAAACAUUAUUGGCAAGUGUAAUGGGGAAGUCACUAAAGUACCAUAUUCAGUUUAGAAAAUGCAUAUGUGUAACAGUUAAGAAUGUAGGGGAGAGUGGGGUCAGUCGAGCCAAAGGGUUAGUUGAGCCACCCCUUCUUUCUAGGAAACUAUACAUAAAAUGAAUAAUGUCACCAAAUAUUUAGGAAAAAAUGAUUUUAUGGAGUCUGUGAAGAAAGAAACCACAUGGAAAAAGUGGUAAGCAAAUUAGGUCCAAAAAAAUGAUUUUCAAAUGAAUGUAUUGUGUUAUAGGUUUCAUGAUGCUUGUAUCUAAACCAAAGUAGAAGAUCAUUUUAAUACUGUUCUAUACAUCAGUUAGAGUCUCUAUUAGCUUAUACAGUAUAUGCGGUCCUAAACCUAGCAUGAAAGUGCAUCCGUGUAGCUGUGUGGGCUAAUAUAGUCAAAAUGGUUACUGUGGGGCAGUGGUGGAAAGUACUUAAGUAAAAAUACUUUCAAGUACUACUUAAGUAGUUUUUUGGGGGGGUAUCUGUACUUUACUAUUUAUAUUUAUGACAAUUUUAAGUUUUACUUCACUACAUUCCUAAAGAAAAUAGGACACCCAAAAGUACUCGUUACAUUUUGAAUGUUUAGUAGGACAGGAAAAUGGUCCAAUUCACGCACUUGACAAGAGAACAUCCCUGGUCAUCCCUACUGCCUCUGAUCUGGUGGACUCACUAAACACAAAUGCUUUGUUUGUAAAUUAUGUCUGCGUGUUGUAGUGUGCCCUUGGCUAUCCGUAAAAAAAUAAUUACUAAUAAUUGUGCCGUCUGGUUUGCUUAAUAUAAGCAAUUUGAAGUAUUAUUUUAAUGGUUGACUUUCACUUUUACUUGAGUAAUUUUCUAUUAAGGUAUCUUUACAUUUACUCAAGUAUGACCAUUUUUUUAGUAUUAUUUUAAUGGGUGACUUUCACUUUUACUUGAGUAAUUUUCUAUUAAGGUAUCUUUACAUUUACUCAAGUAUGACAAUUGGGUACUUUUUCCACCACUGUAUUUUUCCUUUCUGUAAUACACAUGAUUUUCAGUGUUCUAUUUGUGACACUCAAGGUGCUGGUUGAUGGUCACUAGACCUUUAUACUGAAUGUUAUGAAUUAUUCUCAUAUCUGUUGAUUGCCAUCAGAAUGGAGGUACAAGGACACUGAUUAUUCACUGUUCUAUUGUAUUGAUGACAUUCACUGCCUUUUUUUGUUUUGACUUCUUACAAGCCUCUUGGGCUGGUGUUGACUACCUUUCAGCUUCUAGUGGAGCAAAGGUCAUGCACAUUGUACACACAAUUCUGUUUUUACACACAAGUCAGACAGAUUUGUAUUCCCAUGUGUAGAUCUUGUUUCGGGAGUAUGGCUGGCCAGAGAAAGUGGCCACCAGAGCCCGGUACCGUUCGCUCCAGCUCCAGUACCCCAUGGAAGACUACUCCUCAAAGGGUUCCAGGGUGACCACAUUAAAGAAACACCACAGAAAUCUCCAGGCCAGGAUGACAGAGGCCUCUGUACAGCCCGGUACAGUAUAAUAUAUCCUCCUCAUUCCCACUCACUCUUCACCCAUCAUAGCCCAUAGGCAAACAAGCUACCCAACCACCUUAUUAUACAACAUUCCCAGGGACCGGACCAUAGUAUAGCAGCUCACACCUGUACCCUUUACUACCUUACACAACCCUGUUUACAUAACAGUGAGAGUGACCCGUAGGCACCCAAAAGCCACAACCAAUCACACUGGUGUGGUGCUUGCGAAAUACCACCAUUCACGUGCAUGCUCACGCAAUAUCAACAGCCACACAUACUACAACUGAAACAAUCUUGAUCAAGUUGGACAAUCAGCCCAAAUAUGCUUAGAUUUGUUAUAUUAAUAUUUUGGCAAUUGAAUUUCUUUGCAAUUUACAUUGCAUGAAAUCACUUCAGUGGCUACAGGCCAGUUGGUAGAGCAUGGCGCUUGCAACGCCAGGGUUGUGGGUUCGAUUCCCACGGGGGGCCAGUAUGAAAAAUGUAUGCACUCACUAACUGUAAGUUGCUCUGGAUAAGAGCGUCUGCUAAAUGACGGAAAUGUAAAAUGUUUAAGAAUAAGAUCAGUAUGCAGACAAAUUGUCUCAGUAGCUGAUUCAGCAGAAUUUAUAAUGGAAUACUUUUUUUAUGUGAACAAUCAGUGCCAGACAAUAGGGACACAAUGUUACAGUAAUAUCAGUAGCGGUGCGUGGGUAACAUCACUGGGGAAGCCAAGCCAGACAAAAAUGCCAUAUUCCAACCUAUGUGUUGUGACAAUUGCAUUGUUUGCUCUAUAACCUGUUAGUUCAUAUGCCUUGCGACUGUGAUAUAUAGGCCUAAGGCCGAGACAAUAAGAAGACACAGUGGCAGAAUAAAUUCAACCACACCUUUGUUUCAUCACAAAACCCGAGAGCAACCUCUGUCUGGUGAAGUCCACAAAGCAACAAACAGUUACAUGACCUACAGCAUGGUCAAGCAAGUUAAUGUUUCCAACAUAUUCAGACUACUAAACAACUAUUGAUUUAGAACCACAGAGAGUUAUCGCAAGUCGCAAACAAAACAGGAGCUGCCUCCACUAUUCCAGCACAAUUUCAUCAAAUCACCUAUGCUUAGUCUAAUACAGUGACAACUAGAAGAUACCAAAAACAAUUUAGUCCAAUCAACAUAAGCUAAAUAUGAUUUGGAUGUCCAUGGUUCUGAUUUCUCUCUGUGUGUACGUGCAAGUAGAAAAAAACAUGUUGACUCACCCUGCUUGUAGAGAAACGCCAAUGCCAUCCUCCUCUCUUCCAUGUUGACGAAACAGUCUAUGACUCCGUCAUACAGUAUGCUUUUAGUUUUUGUUGUCCUAGGCUACCUGGCUAAAAUGCUUGCUCGCUAGCCUAACUUCCUUUCAUGGGCAACGUUAGCCAGUUAACAUUAGCCUACUACAACUAGCUACAUAUUGAGCUUCCAUCCUCUCAGGCCAGGGGCACAAAUUAUGAAUUUAUGGUUUGUAUCAGAAUCGCUGUUAAAAUCAUUGGCCAAUACAGAGAAUUAAGUAAAACCCACAAGUCCAAAUCCCUAUCUCCAUCCAUGGCUAAUUUAGGAAAGGGCCAAAUUUAGCUAGCUAGCCACCAGAGGACAACAACACAAUGAGAUGCAACAAUUCUAUUUUUUUCUGUCUUUUGAUGUUUUGCUCUCGAUGUGAUGUGAAUGGUGUGAAGCCAAAUCCAAGCUGGCUUCCCUUGACACUUUUUUUGGUGUGCCAGGACCAUUCACAGUUGAGCUCACUCAGUUUAGCUCUACGCUGAUUGGCUAUUAUUUUAUACUUUAUUUUAUCAAGGGAGGCCAAAUGCUUGCUGGCUUCCCUUGCAUUCAAUGCUACGGGUGGCAACAAUGUCAUACUCUUUUUGACCAGAUAAGCCUAGAUUUUUGUGGAAGGUACUACACAGCGCAAAGACCCCCUUGCGCACUCAGCGUCUGUCGAGAUAUGUUGAGUUUCCUUGUAGCCUAUUGCCUGAAUGUGAAUUUAUUUUUAGUCUGUUUGAUAAUUGUCAUUAAAUCAUGCAUAGCUGUUCUUUAUAUGGCCGACAUUUGGACGUUUCAAUUAAAAAAGAUUGUCACAUUACUAUAGAAAUAGAAACAUUGUGAUUUUAGAGACAUAAAGUAACAAUAGCCUGUGAUUAAAGGGUUAGUCUAUACACUCUUGGUCUUCUGUAGCUCAAUUGGUAGAGCAUGGCGCUUGUAACGCCAGGGUAGUGGGUUCAAUCCCCGGGACCACCCAUAUGUAAAAAUGUGUGCACACAUGACUGUAAGUCGCUUUGGAUAAAAGCGUCUGCUAAAUGGCAUAUUAUUAUUAUAAAAAAGGGUUCCAAAAUGGUUCUGCGGCUGUCUCAAUAGGAUAACCUUUUUUGGUUCCAGGUAGAACUCUUUUGGGUUCCAUGUAGAACCCUCUGUGGAAAGGGUUCUACAUGGAACCCCAAAAGGUUCUACCUGGAACCAAAAGGGUUCUAUCUGGAACCUAAUUGGGUUCUUCAAAGGGUUUUCCUAUGGGGACAGCCAGAAGAACCCUUUUUGGUUCUAUAGAUGGCACCUUUUUUUCUAAGAGUGUACUGGGCUCUCCAGUCUGAGGAGUAUUUCUGUCUGUAAUAAAGCCCCUUUGUGGGGAAAAACUCAUUCCAAUUGGCUGAGCCUGGCACUCCAGUCGGUGAGCCUGGCUCCCAAGUGGGUGGGCGUAUGCCCUCCCAGGUCCACCCAUGGGUGCGCCCCAGCCCAGUCAUGUGAAAUCCAUAGAUUAUGGCCUAAUUUAUUUAUUUCAAUUGACUGAUUUCCUUCUAUGAACUGUAACUCAGUAAAAAAAUUGAAAUUGUAGCAUUUGUUGCAUUUAUAUUUUUGUUCAGUAUAUACAACAUUCUGCACAUGUGAACUAAUUGAUAUAGGCCUAGGCUACAAUAUUCAGCACAUAUGAAGGAAUGUGUAUACAAUAUUUGUAGCCAUACGUGAUUUAAUGAAAAGCAGUAAACAUAUGCAUUUAAUAAAAUACUAAUGAACACAAUCAGGCAAUAGUUAACAUACACAACAUUGUUUAACAUUCUUUAAUAACGGACUCAUGAAGAAAAUCACGCAAUAGUCUACAGCUGGCUUCCCGGGGAAACUCUACAUAUUGUAGCCUCACCGGGAUAAAAGAGUGGCGGAGGAAGGAGUUUGAUUCUGAUGCGGUGUUCGCGGUAAAAUAUUACGCGUUGUAGCGGUGGUUCAGGUGAGCUUCAUUCAGCCUCUUGCGAAUUGAAGGAAAAGUAUGAUACACGAAAUACUUAUCACUGAAUACAGAUAUCAGUAAGUCACAGUGGGCCAAAUCCUAACUUGAGAUCUGUGCACAUAACUCCCGACUUUCAUGAAUAUCAUUCAUGGAUAUCAAUUUGAGUUAAGAGCAUGGAUCUCAAGUUAGGAUUCGGUUUAGUAUUAAUAUGCUAAUACAACAAAAUACCUAUUCAGGAUAACCACCCUUCAUAUUGACUAUUUAUCUUUGUAGCCCUCAUAUACAUCCCAUUGGGCACACACUGGUUGAAUCAACAUUGUUUCCACGUUAUUUCAAUGAAGUUAUGUUACACCAACGUGAAAUAAACGUUGAAUUGACGUCUGUUCCCAGUGGGAUUUAGCAAAUGCUUUUAUUCAAAGCGACUUACAUAUGGGUGGCCCCAUACCCUUGGUUGCAAGUGCAUGCUUUAUGCUAUACAUUCUGUGUUCUAUUUAAUUCUGUGAUAGACCUGGCUUUGGAGGCAGAUGAGUUCUGGGACUAUGAGCAUCAGGUGGACCUGGAGGCCUUCAGCACUAAUACCUUCUACAGCAUCCUACUAAAACACAGUGUGUCUGUGACCGCUACACUGGGUCAGCUCAGAGGAGAGGUAUAACCCUGCAGAAAUUGAAUAACAAUAGUAUUAUAGUAUUAUAAUGUAACUCUAUAGGAUUAGAUUUUGUUUUAUAGUUUUAGCAACAUGAUCUCACAAACUCACAGCUAUUUUACAUUAUACUCUAUGUACAGGUAUCUCUAAAGGUAAGCCCACCUCGCACGACACCUCUCACUCUCACCACCAUCCAUCCCCUUCCCAGGCCUCAAAUAUCCCGAACAUAAAGCCCAAGUAAAUCGAGACAAUGUCAUAUUGUAUAGUCUUCUCAUAUUGUAUGACAUAUUGGAAUGCUUGUGUUUUUUUUGGUUACACCCCUUUUUCACCAUAUUCAGGGCCGGUCCUAGCCUUUUGGGGGCCCUAAGCACCUCAUGGGCAAAACAUUUUAGUGGCCAUCCUUUUAAAAGCGGAGAGAAGAAAAUUAAGUUUUAAAACAAGUUUGCAGCAAUUCUACAUUUUGUAAUGGGGCGGAGAGAAGAUUUAGCAAUUUUAUAAAGCAUUUUAUGCAAUUCUACUCAUUUUGUCAUGGGGCAGAGAGAAAAAUUUGCAGUUUUAAAGAUAAUUUCCAGCAAUUAUACACAUUUUGCCAUAGGGUGAAGAGACAUUUUUGCAGUUUUAUAGAGAAUUUCCUGCAAUUCUACACAUUUUGCCAUGUCCUUCACCCUAUGGGGUCACGGCCAGGGUGUGCCAUUAUCAACGGCAACCCUGGAGCAAUUAGGGUUAAGUGCCUUGCUCAAGUGCGCAUCGGUCUUUCCUGUUUGUGGUUAGAGUAUAGGAGACUGGUUAGGAUUAUUACACCGCUCCGGGGAGCUGGGCCGAUAAGGUUGUAAUAUGAGGAGCGUGGACUCUGCACGUCUUUGUGAACCCUGUUUCGGAGACAGAAACGUGCCAUGCCCUACAGUGUUUGUUUGUGUGUGUGUGUGUGUGUGUGUGUGUGGGUGUGCAGGUGAAGGACCUGUAUCAGGGGGUGAUGGGCAAGCUGAAGGGGCUCCAGCUGCAGUCGGGCUGGUCUGCAGUUGGGAAGACCAAGGAGGGCUAUGAGAGGCUGCGCAGGCAGGUGUGUGUUGCCCUGACCUGAAUCAAAUACAUGAUACUUCCGCUGUACAAGUACCAAUGGAGUUAACGAAAUAGUCCCAGAAGUGCAAACGUCAAGCUAAAUCAAGUGCACCUUGUAUUUGACCCAGGUCUCAUUGUUUUACAUCCAUUGCAUUCCAUACUAACAUUGUGGUAAGUAAAGUACUGCAAUACCAGAUGCUAUCCCCCUGUUGCCAUAAGAGGGCAUUGUCAUGUGCCACUGUGAUCCACUGCUGCCUCCAUCUCUCCCACUAAACACCACCAGGUGGAGCAGGAGGUGGUCCGGCGCAGGUCCCUGGCCCAGCAGCUCAGGCAUCUCUUGGACAGCCAGCUUGGGGUCCUGAGGACGGAGCUGAGGGCCCAGCAGACGGUGCACAGGGCCUUCGGGGCCCGUCUCAGGGAGUGUGUGAGGCUACUGGGCCAAGCAGUGGACAACACUGACCACCCUCUCUGGGAUGAACACCCACAACAGUAAUGUCUGAAUCUGUGUCCGUUGUCUCUUCCUGUCAUGCUUGUGUAUUCUGGGAAGAGCUUUGAACUACAGCUGUUUUUCAUUGGCCAGGGGUUUUAAUGAGACUGUUACAGUUAUUCUCAAUCGCGUACAAGCAUCUUUUGGACCAAUGUUGUCGAUUUACAAAACAGAGUCCACAAAACACAGAACUCUGUGGCCAUUGGCAAAACUCAAAACAUAAAUACAUUCAUCAAAACUAUAUUAUACUGUCAAAAUUGCAAAUCAAUUCAUCAAAAGAACACGACCGCCUGCAAAAACAUUAACGCAACCAUACUUAUCUCUUGAGUCCAAGCAGACAAAAGAGAAAGUUUGUCUUUUAAAAAUUCCAGUAGAUCAACACAUUUUCUUUACAGUCACUAAAUAAUGAUGAUCAAAAUUGGAAGAACAACUAUCCAAAGGUGCAGAAUUAUGGGUAAUUACUCUCCUUUUAUGCAUAUUUCACCAAACAAUUUUAUACACAGAAAAUAAAAUAAAUAAUAAGCACAUUGUGUGCAGGAUUCAUUAAUCAAAAAAAUCAAAAAAAUGUGUCCCCAUUGCCUAGCUAUUUCCCUAUAUAUACUGAUUGUGUGAUUUAGAAUUUAGUAGUAUAAUACGGUAGUAUUUACUUAUUGCCAGAAACAGUGAACACAUUUCUCUUCCGAUGAAAAUAUGUGUUAAUAUUCGGUGAACAAAACACUUAAAUUACAUUUGUAUUUAAAGUUCAGCAAGAUAUGCAAGUCAGGUACAAAGGCAAUAAAAUAAUCAGAAGUUCUGUAAAUGUAUUUAAGAAUUUGAUCAUUGCUGUUCUGCUAUAGAUACGUUUUAACACAGAUCCCAACAUUGCUUGUACGUGAAAAAAAAAACGAACUUGCCUUUCAUUGGUCUGUUAAGAUCAGGGGUGUCAUCUUGACUCCUGGAGGGCAGCACAUCAAAUCAAAUCAAAUCAAAUUGUAUUAUCACAUGCGUCAAAUAAAACCGGUGUAGACUUUACAGUGAAAUGCUUGCUUACGAACCUUUCCCAACGAUGCAGAGUUUAAAAACAAUAACUAACACAAGAGGAAUAAAAUAUAAUACAUAAGAAUGGAGCUAUAUACAGGGAGUACCAGUACCAGAUCAAUGUGCAGCGGUACGAGGUAUUUGAGGUAGAUAUGUACAUGAAGGCAGGGUAAAGUGACUAGGUAUCCGGAUAGAUAAUACUUAAAAUAAAAAUAAAAGAACAGAGUAGCAGCAGCAAAUUAUGAGUGUAAAAGUGUGUGUGUGUGUGUGUGUACAUAUGUGUGUGUGCUGUGUCGGUAUGUGUGUGUGUGUUAUGUGUGUGUGUGCGUAUGUAGUGUUUGUGAAUGUGUCAGGGUUUUGUGUGGGAGUGACAGUGUAGUGUGUGUGUGAGUGAGUGAGUUUGGGGGUAGAAGCUACCUCGGAGCCUGUUGGUCCGAGAGCCAAUGCUCCGGCACUGUUUGCCGGAUGGUAGCAGAGUGAACAGUCUAUGGCUUGGGUGGCUAGAGUCUUUGGCAAAUUUUUUGGAGCCUUCCUCUGACACCGCCUAAUAUAGAGGUCCUGGAUGGCAGGGAGCUCAGCCCAGUGAUGUACUGGGCUGUCUGCACCACCCUUUGUAGCGCUUUGCGGUCAAGGGAGGUGCAAUUGCUAUACCAAGCGGUGAUGCAGCCAGUCAAGAUGCUCUCGAUGGUGCAGCUGUAGACAUUUUUGAGGAUCUGAGGGCCCAUGCCAAAUCUUUUCAGCCUUCUGGGGGGGAAGAGGCACUGCCGUGUCCUCUUCACGACUGUGUGAGUGUUUGUGGUCCAUGUUAAGUCCUUAGUGAUGUGGACACCAAGGAACUUGAAGCUCUCGACUUGCUCCACAACAGCCCCGUCGAAGUGGAUGGGAGCAUGCUCUCCCCUUUUUCUCCUAUAGUCCACAGUCCGCUCCUUGGUCAUCCUGACGUUGAGGGAGAGGUUGUCGUCCUGGCACCACACUGCUAAGUCUCUGACCUCCUCCCUGUAGGCUGACUAUUCGCUGUCGGUGAUCAGGCCUGCCACCGUUGUGUCGUCAGCAAACUUGAUGAUGGUGUUGGAGUCAUGCGCAGCCACGCAGUUGUGGGAGAACAGAGAGUACAGGAGGGGACUAAGCACACACCCGAGGGGCCCCCGUGUUGAGGGUCAGCGUGGCGGAGGUGUUGUUGCCUACCCUCACCACCUGGGGUCGGCCCGUCAGGAAGCCCAGGAUCCAGUUGCAGAGGGAGGGGUUCAGUCCCAGGGUCCCUAGCUUGGUGAUGAGCUUGUUUAUCCUUGCCUUUAACAGUAGUUAUAUUAGUAACGGUAGACCUGGGAAACCAAGUGUCUGGACUCUAUACAAUCAGAAAUGUUAUGUGAUCAAUUAACAACAAUGGAGAAAUGAAAACCAUCAGGAAUACAGCAGCACUUGAGAACAGGAGCUAUGCACCCAAGUUAGAUAGACCUUACUAUGCUUUUGUGAUGAGAGCUUUGUGGUACACAGUUAGGACCUUGAGUUUUCCCAAUGCCUGACAAUGUGACCUGACCAGAAAAAAACUCUGGGCCCUAUGAUCUUUAAUGCAGUGUUGUCCAGAGGGUGGCGUCACUGGCAUCUGAGAUGGCAGAGCAGGUAUCGGGGGAGUGCCAGCGGCAGGGGGCAUGGGCGACCCUGGGAGAGGGCACGGGGGCGAAGCUUCUGUGUCCCGACACUGGCUCAGUCCUUAGCAAGGAAGACAUCAUAGGUGAGACCUCCUACCAUACUGCACCAGGCUUGAAACCGAAGUCAUUAAAUAACUGAUACAGUAUCUUACAGUACAGCCACACAACUGCAAUUAACAGUCAUUCUAGGCUCUAUUAUCUGUCCCUGCUAAAGUUGUGAAGUUCAGAGAAAUACAUAUUUUAUAUGAAUGAAGAUAAAUAAAUAGUAGUUACUCACACAAGUCACCCUGAUUAGUGUUUUGUUCACUCCAAAGCUGUAGCGAGUGAAUUGACGCCACCUUGUGGUACAAAGAUGUUAUGCAUUUGUCAAUGGGACAAGAGGGACAAUAUAUAAUGUAAAUCAGCCUACAUUCAAGUCAGAUUAAUUUUGCUUCAUAGACACAUUGGCUGUGGUAAGAGAUUUUACUGAAAUACUGUUAUAAAGUUUGACAUAUCACUUCCUACUUCAUUUCUUCCAGCCCCUGAUGGGUCAGUGCGUGCCUGUGGAGCGGUCCAUACAGACUCUUUCACAGGUCUCAUACUACCCAAACCCCACACCCACAUGCUCCUGGCCAGCGGGCACAGUAUGCCAGUGCCCCCUGACUUCUUCCUCCACCCUCAGACUGGCAGACUGCUGCCCGUAGCUGGCAACGUGGGCUAUGACCCAGCCAGCUCUACCCUAGUUUUCACAACAGACUCAUGUACAGGUGAGUCAAGAGCGCUGUGUGGUAACCACAACUAGAGAUCGAUAGUACAUGCAUUACGACUUUGUAAUGCACUUUAACUUUGUAAAUGUACGUACAACAAGUUCACAUACAAACAAUUCACACUCUUUCACUUUUUAAAGGAAUAGUAAUGAUUUAGAUUCACUCAAAUCCAAAUGUGUGAUUUAGAUAAGGAUGUAGAUACUUAAAAUGUCCUGCUCCUUGUUAUCAGGGGAUAUGAGAAAGUGGGAGUUUCCCCUCCUGCCGUUUGUGCCAUACCCCCUCUCCCGCCAUUCAGCCCAGCCCGUGACGACCCGACUGAGGGGCCUCCGCCCUGGACAAAGACUGCUGCUAGGGAGACCCAUGUGUGACCCGGACACAGGCAUCCUGGUGCCCAUUUUAGCUGUGACCAUCCACCCUCAGACUGGGCUGGUGUACCCCCUGGGAGGGGUGCAUGUGUGCCCCCUCACCCGUCUGCCCCAGCCCAUCCAGGUGGGCUCUCCCAUGUUGGACCCCAUGACAGGAAAUGUGGUGCUUACUGCCGGAGUCAGUCUAGAUCUAAUAACAGGUCAGUACUGCCUGGGUUAACAAAUUACCCACAUGAAAAAAAUACUAUGGUAUACUAUGGUCUACAUAGUGUAGUAUUACUAUAUUUAUAUAGUAUUCACUGUAGUGUUUUUGCAGUUACCUUAUAGGCCUAUGUCAUUAACGUAUAGCCUACUUGUUGGAUGGAUUUGUUGCGCAUUGGUGUCUAGCUGUGGGUUCCUUUUCUAGUGAUAUUGUCGACCCAGUGUUGUGUUCGAGACCACCUAAAGUGAGACCGAUUCAAGACUGAGACCAGUAAAAUGCGAGUCCAAUUCAAGACCAUGAUUGUAAUUUUGUCAAAUCACCACCAUAAUAAGAGUUCAAAAUGUACAACCAAAUAAUUGCAGCAUUACCGUAAAAAUGGAAGAGGAAAGUGGAAGGAGGAAAAAGUAAGGAACUUGUCUAUCGGCCUUGCAUUAGAGAACAUAAUUGGUUAAAGAAAAUUGUGAUAAAUAAAAAAGUUGACCAGUUUCAUUUAAGGACCAAAAGUUUGACAGCCGUCCCAUAUAGAUUGCAAAAUAGUUGGGAAGAGAUUUUUGACGUACCGAUUGCAUGGCAUAGUGUUUAUGAACUGAUACACAAAACGACGCCGGAUUCAAAACAUAUCAUUUUUCAAUUUAAAUUAUUAUAUAAAAUUCUUGCAACCAAUAGAAUGUUAUUUGUAUGGGGGAUACAAUCUUCCCAGCUCUGCUGAUUUGGCUGUGAAGAGACAGAAUUAUUAGAUCAUUUGUUUUGGUACUGUCCAUUUGUAGCUUGUUUCUGGACACAGGUCCAGGAAUGGCUGAAGGAUUGCAAUAUUUGCAUGGAGCUGACCCUGCAGAUAGCACUACUGGGUGAUCUGAAAAGUCAUAGUCAAUCGAUCAAUAAUAUAAUAAUACUUUUAGCAAAAAUGUUUAUUUUCAAUUCACAAACUGUAGAAACAAUGAGAAUAGAAAGGUUCAGAACUUUUGUAAAACAUCACAGUACAGUUGAAAAAUAUAUGGCAAAUAGAAAUCCAAUAUGGAUGGUGUUAAGAGAUAGAUGGGAGGUGUUGAAUGGAGCUGAAGGAUGGGACUAAUAACAACAACUAAUAACAACAAGAUAACUAGUGUAAGACAUGCUGUGUCCAUAAUAAGUAUAUAGGUUAUAUAUUGUGAGCUUUUGUGAAAGAGCACAGUUAGAAAGAUAUGGCAUAUAGAAGCAUACCAGAUGGACAUCAUGAAAAUGAUCGGAGGAAGUUCAGGAGUAAAAACAAACAAAAUAUAUUUAUUGACUGUGUCCAUAAAAUGUAUAUAGUAUGUAUAAGCAUGAAGUAGAGGCCUAAGCAUUGUUGUUUACUAGUUUACUCCAAUUAGGGAAGGGAUGGUGGGGUUGGAAAGUAAUAAAGGGAAAUAUAUUUUUAAAGGAUAUGUAUGUAUAUAAAUGUAUGUAUAUGCGUAUAUGUAUGUAUAUAUAUAUAUAUAUAUAUAUAUAUAUAUAUAUAUAUAUAUAUGUGCGAGAGAAAAAAAAAAGAGUUCAAAAUGUCCAGUAUUUCUGUGUUAAUAUUUCAGAACAACAUAUGGAUUCUUUAGACAUUCAGAAUAGUGAAGAAAUGCAUGCUGAUGGAAAAUAGAGCAACUCUACCUUCAGAGAAGGGCUAAGGAUUAAUAAAAUAAUGAUUAUUAUAUUGUUAUUCUCAAUGAUGUUCCGAUUUAAUAUUUGCAGUUUUUGUUGGAAAGGAAAGGGUUAACACUUACCCCCCCCACCCCCCCACUGGCUAUCAUUAGUUGAAUGCACCAAUUUGUAAGUCGCUCUGGAUAAGAGUGUCUGCUAAAUGAUGUAAAUGUAAAUGUCAAAGAGAAAAAAAAAUCCAAUCAGGAUUUUUCUUUGCUGGUCUCUGGGGGAUACAUCUAGCUAGCUAAGUCAGCCAUUGGCUAGGCCAUCAGAAGCUAGACAAAGGCAUCUACCAUUCAACUGUAUUAGGGAAACAUUUUGUAGUGACAGUGGAAUCAACCAAUCAAAUGUUAACUUAAUGUCAGUUUUUACAAAAACGUAUGGCAACUUCUGCCUUCUUGAAGGCCAACAAGUCACUGCAAUAGUGAGCAGUAGUUUUCCCAUGGUCUAGCUAGCUAGCUUUUGUUGUCUGCUAAUUUGCAGAGGCUGCAGCAGGUGUUAUCAAAGAGAAUGUUGUUGCUAAUUUGUUAGCUUCUCCCUUUUGAAAAAUAACUUUCAAAAAGAAGUUAAGUUUCAAAUGAUCAUCAUCUGGUGAGUGGAACUGUGUUUUUUAUUGCAGCUGCUUUGCUGUUGGUAGCCAUCUCUUUGAAAAUAACUUACAAUUGAAGUCGGAAGUUUAUAUACACCUUAGCCAAAUACAUUUAAACUCAGUUUUUCACAAUUCCUGACAUUUAAUCCUAGUAAAAAGUAUCUGUCUUAGGUCAGUUAGGAUCACCACUUUAUUUUAAGAAUGUGAAAUGUCAGAAUAAUAGUAGAGAGUAUGAUUUAUUUCAGCUUUUAUUUCUUUCAUCACAUUCCCAGUGGGUCAGAAGUUUGCAUACACUUAAUUAGUAUUUGAUAGCAUUGCCUUUAAAUUGUUUAACUUAGGUCAAACGUUUCGGGUAGCCUUCCACAAGCUUCCUACAAUAAGUUGGGUGAAUGUUGGCCCAUUCCUCCUGACAGAGCUGGUGUAACUGAGUCAAGUUUGUAGGCCUCCUUGCUCGCACACGCUUUUUCAGGUCUGUCCACACAUUUUCUAUAGGAUUGAGGUCAGGGCUUUGUGAUGGCCACUCCAAUACCUUGACUUUGUUGUCCUUAAGCCAUUUUGCCACAACUUUGGAAGUAUGCUUGGGGUCAUUGUCCAUUUGGAAGAUCCAUUUGCGACCAAGCUUUAACUUCCUGACAGAUGUCUUGCUUCAAUAUAUCCACAUAAUUUUCCUUCCUCAUGAUGCCAUGUAUUUUGUGAAGUGCACCAGUCCCUCCUGCAGCAAAGCACCCCCACAGCAUGAUGCUGCCACCCCCGUGCUUCUCGGUUGGGAUGGUGUUCUUAGGCUUGCAAGCCACCCCCUUUUUCCUCCAAACAUAACAAUGGUCAUUAUGGCCAAACAGUUCUAUUUUUGUUUCAUCAGACCAGAGGACAUUUCUCCAAAAAGUCCGAUCUUUGUCCCCAUGUGCAGUUGCAAACCGUAGUCUGGCUUUUUUAUGGCGGUUUUGGAGCAGUGGCUUCUUCCUUGCUGAGCGGCCUUUCAGGUUAUGUCGAUAUAGGACUUGUUUUACUGUGGCUAUAGAUACUUUUGUACCGGUUUCUUCCAGCAUCUUCACAAGGUCCUUUGCUGUUGUUCUUGGAUUGAUUUGCAUUGAUUUGUUCAUCUCUAGGAGACAGAAUGCAUCUCCUUCUUGAGCGGUAUGACGGCUGCGUGGUCCCAUGGUGUUUAUACUUGCGUACUAUUGUUUGUACAGAUGAACGUGGUACCUUCAGGCGUUUGGAAAUUGCUCCCAAGGAUGAACCAGACUUGUGGAGGUCUACCAUUUUUUUUUCUGAGGUCUUGGCAGAUUUCUUUUGAUUUUCCCAUGAUAUCAAGCAAAGAGGCACUGUUUGAAGGUAGGCCUUGAAAUACAUCCACAGGUACACCUCCAAUUGACUCAAAUGAUGUCAAUUAGUCUAUCAAAAGCUUCUAAAGCCAUGACAUCAUUUUCUGGAAUUUUCCAAGCUGUUUAAAGGCACAGUCAACUUAGUGCAUGUAAACUUCUGACCCACUGGAAUUGUGAUACAGUGAAUUAUAAGUGAAAUAAUAUAUAUGUAAACAAUUGUUGGAAAAAUGACUUGUUACAUGCACAAAGUAGAUGUCCUAACCAACUUUCCAAAACGAUAGUUUGUUAACAAGAAAUGUGUGGAGUGGUUGAAAAACAAGUUUUAAUGACUCCAACCUAAGUGUAUGUAAACUUCCGACUUAAAUAAUUAAAAUAAAUAAUUGGAAUUUAUUGUAUGUGUGUGAAACAUUGUUGCAUUUAACUUGGAACUGACAGCAUUUUAGCAACAUUAAAUCUUAUUAAAAUCUGUUCAUAUACACACCCAGGAAGACAAGCGACCACUUAGAUAUGGUCAUUUUCAAGUUUUCAUAAAUUCUGAGAAUGUUUGGGAAUUACGUAUACUAAGGCAUUUGUGAAAAUUCUAUAGCAAUAUAGAGUAGGAAAUCGGCCGUGCGUUUGGACAAUUAAUAGACACUGCUGUGAAUAAAAACAUCUGUCUUGUCCAGGAACAGAGUCUACACAGACUGGUGCGCUAUAGCCAAUCAGAGCUACAGUAGACCUUUAUAAAAACAAGCAAUUCACCUACCAUCAUUCACUUUGAACUGGACUGUGUGUUUACAGGCAGUUGCAACAGCGCGACUUUAGAUUAUUAGAAUGCAUUCGGGAGUCCUCUUACAUUUGGUAACUUUACAGUCCUAUUGAUCAAACAACCAUGAAAAGGUAGGCUUUCUCUCCCUCAGUUAUGCACAUCAACAACAACAACAUCAACAACUAAUGCUAGCCAGAGCAAGAUGAGCUAAAAUCUAAUGAAGGAACAUUAGAUAAACCCUCUCAAACUUUUUCAGCUAGUUGGCCGUCAAAAUUGCACUGAUAAACGAUGGGGAAUUGUAGCCUCCUGGUCCUUCUGCAGCUUGUCCCAACCAAGCACCCACGCUAACUGGCUAAAGUUGGCUAGCUUGCUAGCUAGCUACUUCCAGACACAAAUGAGAGAACACCUCACUCUGACCAUUUUACUCGCCAUAGCAGAGCUGGUUAGGCUGUUUACAUGUUAUCUACAGCGUUCUUGACUAACUAUUACUUUUUUUGCCUACGUUUACUGACACUGGUCAUAUUCAGCAGUUGUUGCACGUUCGUAAAUUCAUCAGUUGCUCUGCUCUCUGGCAGAUUCAGACGAAAGUGCUCCAGAGUGAAUUUGCAAACGCAAGAGAUAUGCUAACUCUGUAAAAGUCGUUCAAGUUCUUGCUAGCUUACCAAAUGACACCUGCAUCUCUAGCUGUGUAUAGCCAACGAAAAACAAUAUGAUAUGAGGGGAAAAAGUCAGUCACUCACCCACUCCUCCAAUGGCAUGACAUGACAUCCUCCUAGCAGCUAGCUAUCUAGCUAACGUUCGGCUCCAUAUUUUUAGCUUGCUAAAUAAAUAGAUACGCUUGCCUAUUAGCCACGUUAUGACUGACUUGUGAUCAUUGCCAUUGCUAGUUUGAUUGUAUUGACAUUCCCAGCCUUAGUUACAUUCGUCCGUUUUUGUCCAGAUUAUUGAGUCAUUGAAACUGAAACAGUGCAUUCCGAAUGGAGGCAGCAAACAAUGGACCAGGCCAGCUGUGAUUUACAACCUGAUAGCAAUAUUUUUUUGACUACCAAGAAAUGUAUUGGUGAAUUAUAUUAAUCAUGCAUUGAACAGCAUCCAUCUAUUCUGCCAACAAUGCCUUAGUGUACAAUAUAACCUAUUUUUAAAACCUCUUAUAAAGUUGGUUUUGUAGCAUAAACUGGGAAUUUGAUAUUUUUUACUGAUAUUAUGAUUGUCUGUUUGUUUCAUAUUGCAAAGUAGUUAAAACGCUGUCAGUUCCACUUUAAACUUUAGGUCACUGGUUACUUUGUGUGCUAAAUAUGAAAUGCUUUUUGCAAUGGGAAGUAAUAGCUGUACAUUUCGAUUGGGAAAUGCUUAAUGGUUGUGUUUUUGUAUUCUUAUGAUUGGGACCUACUGGCUUAUUAUGUCAGAGUUUAUGGACUGCUUAUCCUUUAACAUAAUGCUGUGUGUGACUGCUGUCUUUCCAUUGGCCCUAUACAGUGGUGCAGUGGUGCCUGGAGAAGUGGGUAUACUCUAAUUUGGCCAAAAAGUCCCAAACGGCCCGCCCAGCGAAGGAAAGGCACCCUGUGUGAAAAUUCCUAUGUUUUGCUAUGAUUUUUUAUUAGUUUUCCUAUAGAUUUGUCUGAUUUUCACUCUCAAAAUCACGCUUUUUAAUAUAAAAAAAAUAUAAUAUAUUGAUGGUCUAAGUCCACAACAAUGCUUAAACCACAUCAAUCUGAUUGGGUGGGCCUGUCAAGGCCUGGCUCCCCAGUGGGUGGGCCUCUGUCCACCCCAUCCAUGUCUACGUCCCUCAUGCAAACAGCCAUCAUGCACAUCACAAAUAGCCUACCUGGUUAGCAUACCCAUUUCUGGUAGAUAUCAUAAGUUGAAACGUCUUUCCUACCCUACCGGCUACCGAUGUCAUUCUUCUGUGUGCUGCUCCAUGCCAAAACAAGUUGAGAGCUGCACACUUGCUGCCUGCAGAUGAUAUUCCGUUGAAACUAGGCUAUGUGUGCGGCGCGCAUGUGAACAUUUUUCACGUGCUUUGCGAUUGUGUAGCCUACUUUGUGCAUGAUUUCUCUAUUGUGCUACAUCAUUGAUCAAUCGUAUACCUCCACUACACUACUUUGAUACGCAUCAGUAGGGAUUAAGAAGUGAGUAUAAGCAAUGCCCACUGAAAAAAAGUGGGUAUAAGGUUUAUACCUGCGUAUACCCUCCACUACACCACUGGCUCUUUGUGAUUUACAAAAAGUGCGCUCUCCUACAUGAGUGCGCUGGUAUUACGGUUGCUGUCACACACUGAUGGCCUAUAGGUACUCCAUUGCGCAAACAUGUCUAUUAUAUAUAUAAAGUGUUAAGUUGCGUCAAUUCAAAUCUGGUAUAGGAACAAAAAGAGGUCAAUACACGUCUUCUAAAAUAGACUAGUAUUUUAAUUAAUGCAAAGACUUGAAUGGUAAGUAUGAUGUUCGUAUAUACGGGCCCACUGAAAAACCACGCAGGGCAGUCAGAGAACUGAGCCAUUGUUAUAAGUUCUUCUUUAAAUACUCUGACAGAGAUAGUUCCUGCUCCAAGCAGGCCUAUCAGAGUAGAGGCUGGGCGUGGUUUAAACUUACCCAGCCUAUCGUCAAUGCACGGGCUGGUCCCAUCCCCUUGGCGCUUCACUGUUGCCAGGCAUUAGUUGUUAUCUCCACAACUUGUCUCGAGUCAACAACCUCAGACAUUUUUGUAGCAGAACACAUGUCCUUGAGCGGUUUAACAAAGAGGCAGUGUGUGUGUAUGUGAGACACAAGUCUUAUCUCAUCCUACCCCCCUAACAGUUCCCCACAUUAAUCACAGCUUGUUAUAUUAAACAAUCUAUAUCAGUACAGUACAAACCUAUUAUGUUUAAUCAUUAAUGUAUUCUUUCUAAGCUAGGCAUCACAUCUAGUUAUAAGAAAAUAGACCCCCACAAUCCCCCUUUUCACACCCGCUGGGUGUGAACCCAAAAUAAGAAAUUUCAGGGAAAUGUAGGAUUCCCCCUUUUGACACCCACUAGGGUGUCACUCAUUAAAAUACAAUACAAACAAAAAGAAUCACACUUUUAUUAAUAGGCAAUAAUGAUAAUAAAAAAUAAAAACCCUCAGUCCUUCCAUCUACACCUAACUUGUACUAGGUUGGCUACCAGCCACCCAGGAACUUUAAACCUUCACAUAAGGAAAGACAAAAAUUCACAAUGGUUAACUUGAUUAAUAAAGCAUAAAACAUAAACAGGGAAGUAAACGUUGACCCCCUUUAGACACCCUCUAGGGUGUCACUCCACCACCUCACCAAUAGCAAACCAAGGGUCAUCCUUUGUCAACCCCAUCUCAGUGUCUGCAUCCCCUUCUUGAGCCCCUAGGAGGGGCAUCAUACCAGCCGCAUGCACGACAUCUGUAACAGACUUUCUCAGACAAGGAAUUACACAGGCAGCACAGCACAUUAAUAUUAGAAACACAACUACUAGGGUCAGAAAUCCAGUAACCACCAAUGAUGCGAACUUACCAAACCACUCCCCCAACCAGGAGAACAGUCCGUUUCCCUCCAUUCCAGCCAUGCUCUUCAUUUCAGCUGACAGUUUAUCUAAACCAACUAGGGCUUUAGAGAUACUCCCAUCAGGACUGGUAUUGUUAGGGAUAAACGUACAACAAUGGCUUACCAUUCUAUAGACACCACCCCUUUCUGCCUGAUCUAGAGCCAACCUCUUUUUACUAAGUCAUAAGAGUGAGAUGGCGGAUAAUUGUUCAAAAGAUCCCUUCUGUUGCAUCCCUAGUCCAGCCAAUAAAUCGUUGUUGGUCGUAAUAGAUAUAAUUAAUCCAAUUCACAAUUUUGUUUAUUGUCACCCACCAAAAGAACGUGGUAGUAAACCCUUCCCCUAAUUGUUUCAUAGCUCGGUAUCCAUCCGAUACCCCCCUUGGUAUCCCAAUCGCAUCCAUCUAAAUAGGGCUAUUCUCCUUCUUGUUAAAACUCCUACAUCUGUUUAAUCCUUGGUUCCUGGUAACUAAUUCUAACUAGCUGAACCAGUAGAACCAGGGCGCAUGUAUCUAGCCACCCCUUUGGAAUUCUCUGCCUACACUGCCCUUACUGGCACACGCCCACCACAUAUCGGUUACAGGGGCUGUAAGGUUUAGAAUUCUCUCCUGUGCUUCCGAACUUAAGUCUGUCACAUUACUACUAUCUCCAAUUGAUAAUUGGUGAUGUCUUUAUUUCUCUUUACCCCCCUUCUGGAUGUUCAGUCCCACCUGGUCUCAUAUCCCCAUCCCCAAGUGUGUUUAAACACUUGAGUCUAGGAACAAUCCGCCGUGGGGGCCGAACACGAAUAUAAUGGGAUUUUAUAAUCCCAAUUUUCUUAUUGACAUGUACCCCACCCGUUGGCUACGUCCCUAACCCUUAUUUUGAAUCUGACAGUCUGCCCUUCUCUGACUCCCAUUUUGUAGGCCACUCGUCCUUGACGGUCAGUUUGUCGGGUCGCUUCUCUUCUCUUUUACUUCUUAACAAUGGUAAGGGCAUAGCGCAACUGGUGGUGGAUCUUGACAUAUCAAGACCAUUACCGAGACUAUGGUGCAACUCAAGUUAUCCAUAUUCCCAAAAACCGCCAACCCUCUCCUGUCCUCAGUCUUUCUGCUUGGUACUACCCCAUACUCACACCCUGAGAACACACUACAGUGAUGAUAGGUCGGGGUAGGAGAUCUUCGUUAACAGAGGUGAUCCCCAGACCCUAUUGGUCUAGUUCUUCUCUCUAACUCUGCAUGUGUUCAGUGGUGCUUGCAUGUGUUCUUACCUUUUUGCAGUGAGGUAACGUGGACCCAGGUUGCUCUUUCUGCUAUUCUAAUGGCAAAGACAGUGACCAAUAUAACCUGAUAGGGCCCUUCCCAACAGGCCUGCUUCCAGUUUUUCUUCUUUAGGGACUGGAUGCUCACCAGUCACCUUCUCCUUUAGUUCACCUGUGGGGCACAAAACCUCUGACAUACGGGUGUGGUUAAUAAACUAUCUUCACACAUGUUCAGCUCUCAAUUUCUAUUUCUGACUGCAUUCUCUUUCUAGACUGUAUCUAAAAAAAAUUUUUAAAAGUAUUUUGUCCUCUCCUUCGUAUAUAUUUAUUAUUUAAUCCUACCAUCCCCCUUUUGACACAUGUUUUGCUCAUGUGUCAAUAUUACCACCUACCUAAACAAUCACUUAGGUAAUAUUGGUAAUUUAUCAUCCAAUUGCCAUCCCUUAUUUUUAAAUACUGCCUAAUUUUAACAUACUAGGUGUGUUGUUUUUUAUUUGAAAAACCCAAUUUGAAAAACAACAACCACAAAUAGCCAGGCCCCACUUGAUUUGGUAGCUCACUGCCUAACUUCACUACUGCUCCCCCUCGCCCUGGGCAACAUUCCAAUGAGAUAAGCUAAUCUCUUUCUCCUGGUUAUACAUUUUGUUAACCUUCAAUUACCAUCAGUAAUCUAAAGAUGGUAGUACACACAAAACAUGAUACAGAUAUCCCCAGUCCUAACCCAUCAAUAAUUGUUUGUAUCAAUCUAAUUCCUCAUAACUAAUCCAUAAAACCACUCAAAAUUCCUCGAGUAUAAAAUGAUUAUUUAAUUGAUUACCCUAAAUCUGCUACAUGUGAUCUCAUCUCAAAUGAUCCAUUAUCAAUUAUUUGAUCAACCCCCUAGGAAAAUCUGUCUCCCCUUCUAUUGUUCCUGUCCCCCCUGUAAAUGUCAUAUUUCCUUUUUUAGCCAAUACAAUCACGGUUACAUCAAAUGUUCCCUCCUUUGGCCAUUUAGUUACUAUCUUUCUGGUCCUUUUUCUCAUUUGUUAGAGAUAUUACCAAUAUCUUCACUAUUUUCUGGGAACCUUCUCUUCAUGAUUGCUACUGGUGAUCCUGCCAUCUCUACUUCUGGUGUGGUCUAAUGUCUAUAUUAGGGUGUAAGGUAAAUUAUUCCUGUUGUCUUUUUCAGCUAAAUGUUUUAUAUCCCUCAGUUAAUGGUAUUUUCUCCCUAAUAUAUCUUCAUACUCUCCUUCUUUCCCUAAAUGAGAUUUAAUCCCUUGCCUUUCCUCUACUAUCCUUCUAUCACUACUGGAUCAAUGAUAAUAACUGCAAUAACUAUUUCACAUUAAAUUGUGCCUUUUUCUGAUAAUGUUAUAAUUUUAGCCUAUUGCAUUACUUUAGUUUAAAAUAUAAGUUUGUUUAUUUAACAAAUCUAGAACCCACUAUAGGUUGGUGCUAUUCCCUCAGCAUAAUAGCUAAAGCUACUUGCAUCCCCUGGUCCCCGUAACGAAAAUAAAUUAUAGUUCUAGAAUUCACCAACUAUUUGCAUACACCACUGGUGUUAAGCAACCUAUCGAAUAAAGUAAUAACAAUUAGAAUUUAUCAAAGCACUGCCUUCCAGUCAAGUAUUUAGACCUCUACUUGAAAUCUUACAGCUCAAUCUAACUCGCUUGACUGUCUCAAUUUUUUUUUCCGCUAACCAGAGCCAUAAAUUAUUCUCCUUUGUCCUCAACUAAAUUUUCACUGCUCUAUCGCCAUUUCAGUUCGCUAUUCAAUUUCUUUAACUGUUCUCUCUGAUUAGGCCCUAAUUAAUAAAACAAAUACUUGCUAUCGUUGAUAAGCAUACAUUUAAUUAUAUUCCUAUCAUUUGAACUAUCUCUCACCCCUCCCCUUGCUCCUUCCUACACAACGGGGGAGGCGUGGGACCUUGUAACAUAUUUUCAUAGACCUUUCUAGAAUACUUCUACUUAAGCUAUCUAAUUCAACCUUUCACAUUUCUCAAUCCACGUAGUAAUCUAGGUCUAUAGCCCCAAUGCGAAAGCUUUACCCACUGUCCCUACCUGGGUUCGAACCCGGGACCCUCUACAUACAUUGCCAGUCACCCCACACAUUCCGCGAUGCUUUCAAAGUAAAUACUUCCAGUUCAUAGAGCAAGUGACGUCACCAAAUGAAAACCGCACUAGCUCUCACCUCAUUCAGCAACACAAAAACUCUCUCUCCCUUCACCCAUUCCCUAUUGAAUAAGUGAGUCUUUCUAUUUAACUCCAACCACGCUACAAAUCUUCCAUACAACAUCAACAAACCAAAUACUCAGUAGUAUCCGGUCACCACCCAUACCAGCCGCCGAAUUCACUCAUACACACAGACCCCACCCCAUGCCACCGAAAUGCCCAACAAAACAUAAUAGUUCAAUGGAACCCCCUAUUGGCUCUCCACUAUUCAUACAUUACUUCCAAAACCACACCAGUCAUGGUCCGAUCACCCAUCAAACCCCAUCACAUGAUUGCUUCAACAUAAUUAUUUAAAACCAGUAUUAUGCUAUGUCAAACAUCAAACGUUACAGUUCAAUUAUAUCAGUUCAAACGUUUCAGUUUAGUCAUACUAGUUAUUCAUUAUUUUACCUUUAUGUUCCCAAUUAUUAUUAACAGGUUAUACGGUUUAAGCAGCUACAGACUUCUUUAACUCCUAAUUAGUUUUCUAUCAAGGUAUACAGGUUUAUUAAUUUUAAUAACCCGCAUUCACUCUUUUAUUACACUGGGAUCAUUCGCACUCUCAUGCAUACAACUCCCUAUACUCUAAAGUGUCCCUAUGAUCCUAGCCGUAUCUAGCCCUCUGAUACGUGUCAGUAGUGCAACACCUUUAACCAAUAAUUCCCUACGCCUCCAGUUCUCACCACUGGUGAUCCUAGCCUGGAGUUGACUAAAAUGUAAGUGUCCCUAUGAUCCUAGCCGUAUCUAGCCUUCUGAUACGUGUCAAUAGCGUAACACCUUUAACCAAUAAUUCCCUAUAUCCUCAGUUCUCACUCCCGGUGAUCCUAGCCUGGGGAUUUCAGUAUUUUUCCCCGAUCCUAGCCGUACCUAGCCCUCUGGUACGUGCCGGUGGAACAAUACUCUAUCUAAAAUGUUAAGUGUCCCUCUGAUCCUAGCCGUACCUAGCCCUCUGGUACGUGUCGGUGGAACAAUACUCUAUGGUACCAAGGUUUAACAUCACAUUCACCACAGGUUUGCAUGUCACAAUAUGGUGCUUAUCUACUCAUAAUAAUUCGUAUAAUAAUUCAUAAUUUAGUUCACUUACAUCAGACAGGUGUUUCACAAAAUUAAUUUGGAUAAAGCCAAUGUGCAGAACUUUAGUUAUAUAACAAUAGGUGUCUGCUUACCUGUUUUUAGUAGUCCGGACUCUUUGUGAAACACACCGUCCAACGACAGCGAUGUCCAAUCGGCCGGACAAUACCCAGCGAAGUCCCUCUACCAGAUCACGUCGGCGGUCACCAAUUGUUAAGUUGCGUCAAUUCAAAUCUGGUAUAGGAACAAAAAGAGGUCAAUACACGUCUUCUAAAAUAGACUAGUAUUUUAAUUAAUGCAAACACUUGAAUGGUAAGUAUGAUGUUCGUAUAUACGGGCCCACUGAAAAACCACGCAAGGCAGUCAGAGAACUGAGCCAUUGUUAUAAGUUCUUCUUUAAAUACUCUGACAGAGAUAGUUCCUGCUCCAAGCAGGCCUAUCAGAGUAAAGGCUGGGCGUGGUUUAAACUUACCCAGCCUAUCGUUAACGCACAGGCUGGUCCCAGCCCCUUGGCGCUUCACUGUUGCCAGGCAUUAGUUGUUAUCUCCACAACUUGUCUCGAGUCAGCAACCUUAGACAUCUUUGUAGCAGAACACAUGUCCUUGAGCGGUUUAACAAAGAGGCAGUGUGUGUGUAUGUGAGACACAAGUCUUAUCUCAUCCUACCCCCCUAACAGUUACCCACAUUAAUCACAGCUUGUUAUAUUAAACAAUCUAUAUCAGUACAGUACAAACCUAUUAUGUAUAAUCAUUAAUGUAUUCUUUCUAAGCUAGGCAUCACAUCUAGUUAUAAGAAAAUAGAUCCCCACAAAAGGCUGUUAAGAUAUUAAUGUUUCAAGAAAGGAGUGUAUAUAUUUGGCCUGGUGAAGCGGUUUUAUGCGCUGACUGAAUGGAAGCUGAUAAUUAUGAGUUUUUUACUCCGCUGGUCUCGGGAAGAAAUUACGAGUCCUCACCUUUCGAGACCGAGUCAAGACCGAGGACAAAUGUAUCCAACACCGAGACAAAGACCGAGACACUCAAUAUGUGGUCUCGAUCAAGGGAUACUACAGUGUGUAGUAUAGUAGUCUCCAGUAUACAACAAAAUUAUAUAGUAAGUACCCUUCAACGAUCGAGGGGAUACUACAAUGUGUAGUGUAGGAUUCUCCAGUAUACUACACAAUUCUAAAGUAAGUCUUGCAUAAUCGAGUGAUACAACAGUGUCUAGUAUAGUAUUCUACAGUAUACUACAAAAUUCUAAAGUAAGUACUACACAUGAUCAAGGGAUAUUACAGUGUGUAGUAUAGUAUUAUAAAGUAUACUACAAAUGUCUAUAGUAAGCACUGCAUGAUAUAGGGAUACUACAGUGUGGAGUAUAGGAUUCUACAGUAUACUACAGUUUACUACAGAAUUCUAUAGAAUUCUAUAGCAAGUACUAUAGUAUUCUAUAGUAAGCGUUAGUAUUUUUUAAAUGGGUACUCCCCAAUCCUUUUGUGUUUUAAGAUCUAGCUAAAGCAAAGUUAAAGGUAGCUCUGCAAAAAAGACAAUGGCCUAUCUACUGGUGAUUUAACCAUAAUUAGAACCAGGAGUUUUCCCUGACCACUUGACCUAAACCAGGAAAAACUGUAACUAGGCACUAAGUUUCUCUUGGUCAGGUCAAAUGGUAAGGACAAACUCCUGGCCCUACAUAUAAUGUCAUAUCCCUCUCUCUAGGAGCGGUGCUUCCAGUAGGCGGCCUCCUCCUGGGUGAGUCCUUCAUCGAGCCCCUGAGCAGCAUGCUGGUCCGGGUGGGUGGCGGUAGCAUCCGGGCUGGGAAGCUGGUGCCUCAUGCCGGGGGGUUCCAGGCUCUACUGGACAGCCAGACUUUGGUUGCCCGUAUCCGCCUGGUGGAGCUUCUGCGUGGGCUCAGAGAGGACUGGGGCUCUGGGGAGAUGGGUUUGCAGGGUUUGCAGGCCCAGAGGAAGGAGACUGAGCUGGGACGGAUCCAGGCUGCAGCCAAGGAGUUGGAGCAGGCCUGGGGGAAAGGGCUACACUGUCACCUGCAGCUGCUGAGCCGGCUGGAGACCCUCCUGGACUGGGCCUGGGGCGUUGCCCAAGAU